GUGUUAAAUAGCAAGAACUAAUAUGGCUUCAGUCAAUAUCAAAAUCGUUUAACUCUUCAAUACAAUACAUUUCCCCAUUCAAAUGUUCACCCCUAGGGCUAUGACUAUUGAUUAUUGUUCAUUAUAGCGUUGCAAUGCGUUAUCAGUUAAAGUUAUGUAAUGUAGAGCCGAUUAAUGGGAGUCGGAGGCGGUGUGUUAAGUAUGGAAUGCCACACUUUAUUUUCCAUUAGGUUACAGACAAAAUAAUGUAGGCUACAUGCUACCGUGAAGCUGAGAAUGCUAACAACAACAACAACAACAACAACAACAACAACAACCGGAACAUGGUACCACCCACUAACUGGUCCGUGGUGCAACACACUGUAUAUCCCGGUGAAUUAUUUCCCGUAAUGUUCCACCAGCCCCGGGGCGGAAUUAUUAAAGACCGUGGUAUCGUUAAGCUCUGACUUUAUCGCUCUUUGUAUCGUUUUAGUUUCGCCAAUACCGUUGCUAAAAUGCAAUAAGACUACCAAAUGCGUCUAUGAUGUAUUUUCGAUCUUUCCAAUCCAGGCGAGAGAUCUCUCUACCCUGUCUGUGUGCGAGGGGGCGGGGCAAUCUACACACACUUAGCUGCUACAUGCAUGCAACACACACACACAGCGGAGAUGGCGGAGAGAAUGGAGAGAACUAAGCGCUCCAAGGUGUGGUUAAACUUUACCCGACUCGAUCUGGACAAUGCUCGUUGCCAAAUGUGCAAUAAGAAUUUUGCAUGUAAGGGCGGUAACACGAGCAAUUUGUCUAAACAUUUAGCAAAAGUGCACCACAUUCAGUGGGAGAAAUGCACCGUUUUCGAUUGUCUUUCUAGUAGCGCUGUAGCCCCAUCCACGAGUAACGUUUCCACGUCAGGUCGCAUCACGUCUGACCCAGUUCAGACCUCCUCUGACCCAGUUCAGACCUCCUCUGACCCGGUUCAGACCUCCUCUGUUGGUCUGUGUAAACUGGUCCGCUGGGCUCACAGCCACGGCACCAUCUGCAGCCUCCUCCCCAGCCUGCAGCAGCUCACCUCCCACGGUACAGCGCUGACAACAGAACCCGGUUCCCACGGCAGCAGCGUUCCUGUCGCCGUGUGGAGUUGUGCCGAUGGACACGCAUACUACUGGCCCCUCAGUGAGCAUAGCAAUGCUAACGGAGGCUCAGGCCAUACUAGCAAUGGUCAGGAGAGGUUUGUUGGAGGGCGUCCAUCCAAUAAGGUGACAGUAAAGGCGUCAUGUGACCUGUCCUAUAGUGAAGCAGCAUCACAGGGGGAACAGUUCAGCAGUGGAUGUGAUUCGUCGGCAAUGGCCGAAGAUGAUGACUAUGAGCCACGCCCAUCCAGAAAAAGAGUGGCUGACGAACGUCCAUGAAUGAGGAAGAUGUGAUGAACCUGCCUGGACUCACUGUUUUCAUUUAUAGUGACAAAGUUAAGUAUGAGACAUGUUUAUGAAGUGUCGGAGCUUAGUUCUUGUGCAUGAUGUGGUGUGUCUGCAGACAGAUGAACACACUCUAAUGUUCCACAAUAUGUCUCUGUCCCAUCUGAUAGUGUAUUGUAGUUGUAAGUGUGUACAAGUCACUUAUUCAGCUGUGUGUUAUUGGUGUGUAAGUUCACAGUGUACAGAGAAACACGCAGAGAAGAAGAGAUGUUGCUAAUUUUGCAAACAAAAAUUAUAACUCACUUGCCUACAAAUAAAAGUACAAUUAAUAUAACAUAUAUCAUUUAAAUAUAUGCUCAUUUGGUCUUGUAUUUCUCAUUGGCCUAUUCGUAUGGUGCAAGUCCUCACAAGGACUUGCAAUAUACUAUACAGGUUGUUUUAUACGUUAGAAAAUAUAGACUUGACUUGAAUACCGAUUGAUUUUUUAAAAUCACAAUAACUUUUUUAACUACGCUUGCUGUUAGAAAUGACUUUGGGGGCUUCAAUAUUGACAAUAUGCAAGUAGUGAGUUCAGUUUGGGAUAUUCGGAGAGCUAUAGGUUCUAUUAAUGUUGCAUAAUACUAUUUGUUAAAUUAUAUUGAGUCAUCAUGCAUAUUUUUUAUCGUUAUAAUGCUGUUUUCAGAUUGGUAAAACAUAUUUUUGUGCAAGGUAAUUUCACAGUUUUACACAUGCCAUCUGUGCCAAGAUUGUUUUUUAUAUAUUUUAAAGAUAGGUGAUACAAACAGGACACUUCUGCAUACUUUAAUAACAAUCAAAAUUAACAAGUCCGCUUCUAGAAAAACCUUCAACUUUAUUCAAAUGUAAGAUAUAGAUCAUGCAACAUAUGGUGCAUUUCCACUACAGGGUUUUAGCCUAUAUAUACAGUAUAUGGUUUUAGCGCGGCUCGGCCAACCCAGUCUCACAAAAAAACGUGUAAUAACUACG